AUGGACGAUUGGGACCCCUUUGCCGAUCCAGGUGACGCGGAGCCAGCACCUGCCGCGAAGGCUCCGGCCCCAAAGCCGAUCAGCGCAGUGGUUCGCAAAGCCGAUGACAUCUUUGCUGCACUGAGGGCUGAAGCAGAAGAGGAGGAGAAGGCUCCCGCUGGAAGCGGAGCGGUGGAUGUUCAGCAGAGACUGGACACGCUUUUUGGGAUGGAUGACGAGGAGGUGGAGCUGCUGCGGCAGGAGUUCGCAGGUGUCACUGCUGACUGUGGCGGCCAACACUUCUUCCCCAUGUGGCGCCGGGCCUUGCCCCUCCUUGAGAAGACCGAGGCCCCAUGCAGCAAUUUGCUAGGGCUGAUGAUCGACGACUGCGUGGGCCUUUUGGCCGAUCCCAGCAGCUGGGCCGAAGACGUCGGGGCCACGCGUAGCUGCGUUGCCCGGCGGGGCGGGUGCCAGGCAGCAACGGGAAGCAAGCGGUGCAUGUGGCGCUGCCGGAGGGCAAAGCAAGCAAUGAGGUGGUCUUCGUCCUCGCAUGGGGAGGGGGCAGUCUGA